GUGGUACUCUAUACUAACCUCAAUUUCGGUACUUCUUAAUUUGAGGUGAGCGUUGUUUUCAUUUGGUGUUAUUAAAAUCGUUAAAAAUGGAUAUUAACAUGAUUGACUUGAUGGAUUUAGAAGAUUUGGACAUGCUAGACACCACUCGGCGACCUGAUAGACAUCGACAUCGUGUGAAUCCGUUUGAAUUGAGUGACGAAGAUUUUAGGUAUAAGUAUAGGUUCUCAAAACGUUUCGGAGAAAAAAUAGUGGGUAUCUUACGUGAGCAUUUAGUGCACGACCCUCGAGGAUGCCCAUGGAGUCCUGAAAUUCAAGUGGUUUGUGCAUUAUGCAACUGGGCUCGCCAUGAAAUUCAAGACGAUACAGCUGAUUUACAUGGUGUGUCUCAACCAGUAGUGGUUUGUGACGCUGACCUGAAAAUCAUGGACAUUGUUACCAGGUGGCGUGGUAGUGUACAUGACUCCAGAAUAUUCCGAGAAUGUAGACUAAAACAGAGGUUUGAGGCUGGUGCAUUCUCUGGAAUAUUACUUGGUGACAGUGGCUAUCCUUGUACCCCUUACCUAUUUACACCGCUGCUGAACCCCACAACACCACAAGAAGAAAGAUAUAAUAGGAGCCAUAUCCGUACCAGGAACACAGUGGAAAGAUGUUUUGGUUUGUGGAAGCAACGGUUUCGUUGCCUAUUAAGAGGUAUGUUUGGAGAUAUUGAAACAGCAAAAAAAAACAAUUGUUGCAUGUGCUGUACUACACAAUAUGGCCAUCGACAUGAGAGAAGAUGUGUUUUCUGGUGAGAGAGAUAGCAUUGAACAAUAUUCAUCUGAACCUAUAGUACAAAGAUAUAUUGCACCAUCAAUAAGGGGAAAUAUUAGAAGAAGACAGUUUAUUGAAACUCAUUUUCAAGAUAAUACCCAUUUAUAAAGGAAAAUAUUUCUGCAGAGCCGUUGUCAGCUGUCAAAGAAUAACGACUACAUAUUCACCAAUAUGAAAUAAAUUCAGGGGAGUAUUGUGAUAAUAUUUCAUUUAUUGAGCAAAAUGCUUUUAUUUAGGCUAUAAAUGAUUGUGUUUCAGGGAAAGAUGCGGGGUACAGCACAUUCCACAUCAAUAUGAAGCUAUAUUAUAUAAAGAUUUAAGUGCUUUAGAGAUAUGUUUAGAUUUUUUAAUAAAUAUCGUCCCUCCUCUACAUUCACAGCCGGAUUUCCUUUCCAGAGGUGCACGGGUCCACGGGGAGUAGGACUGUAUGAUGACUAAGUAAUUAGGUUUAGUUUUUUUUAUUAUAGUUUUUUACUAUUGUAUAUUAUAUUUCAUUGUUAUGUAAAUAAAAUGCAUAUUAAUUAUAAUUAUUUAUUUUAAUUAUUAAUAAAAGAUGUACAAAUAUUUGCAGCAAUUUAGUACCUGAAAAUAAUUGUUUCAUAUAUGAGGAUAUUUACAAACAUGUAUCUGAUAUAGUCUCAAAUAUUUAGUUUUUUUUAUAGGAUAAUGGUGAUAAACACAGUCUACCACACACACACACAUACACACACACAGUCCAUCUGAUGUUAAGUAACUGCUGUGGUGCAUAGACGUCCACAUCUAUCCUCGACUACAAAUCAAAAUGCAGAUGCGUUGUCACCCGUGUGGAGUAAGAUGGAAUGCCUCGUUUCCUGUAAAAGAGGUCUCUCUCAUACAAAAUUUGUACAAAAAUUUAUCCAAAAUUUGUCAAUAAACAAGUUUAAAUGUUUUAUUAAAGAAAAAUUUUAUAAAAAGGUUAUUAUAAUAUCAAAGAAUACAUAAAUGAGAAUAUUGGAAAUACUGGAAUUGAGGUGAUCGCCACCAUGGUGGUUCUAUUAAAAUUCAUUUAAAAAUUGUACAAAUAAAAUUAUUGUUAAGAGAAAUAUGUUUAUAAAAAAGUCCCGCUGGGUUUCUUACUAGUUCUUCCCAGGACUGAGGUAUUUUCCGAACCAGUGGUAAAUAAAAAAUGUCUUUCAAUAAGUAUUCUGUAAUAAUCUAUAUUUAAUAAAAAUCAUUCUAUUCUAUUCUCAUUCUAUAAACUCACCAUAAUAAACACAGCAGCAUUAAGCUGCUAUUUAACUUGUGUUUUUCUGACUUUCUAAUAAAAAUAUUUGUAACUCUAAUUUUCUAAUUUUUAGGUUAGCUAUUUUAAUAUUGUAUUUAUGUUCCUCUUCCAUCAUUUCCAGUUGUCUUUUUUUAAAAUCUGUGUUACUUUUUACAAUUGUUUGGUGUACAUCUUCUCUUCUGUAAAAUGAAAUGGAAUACUUAAUGUAAGUUUUGUAGUUAUUUUAGAAAUUUACAAAGUAUUCUAGAGUAAUAAAAGUGCACUUAACCUUGUACACCAAUUAAAGAAAUAUUUUUUAAUUAUUUUUAAAUCAAUUCAUAUUAAACUUUGCUUUUAAUAUUUGAAAACAUGAAACAAUUUUCAGUGUUUAAAUACUAAUUUUCACAUUUUAAAAAGUAUGUAAUGUAUCAGACUAUGUAAUUUUUUCAACUUACCUAUUUUGCAAGCUAUUUUUCCUGUUUUUAAUUUUUGUUAUACCCCUAGUAAUAAUAUCUUUAUUGUUGGUUAUUUUCACCAUUUUGGCACUUUCUUCUGUAUCUGUAGUUGGAUCUAUCUCUAAAAAUUAAUAUAAAUAAAACAGUUUUAGAAAAUUAACAUUUAUAAUAUUUACAAACUUGUAUGCAUAUGAUUGUAACUAUAAUAAUAAUAUAUUUUGCUUUUU